GUAUAAAAGUUUGUGGAGCACAAAGCGCAAUCAGGUACUUUUCAGUUCUUGUGGGUACCUAACCUACAAUGACAACGACAAAUCGUAUCGACGAUGAAAUACCAACAAUUGAAGAACUUUCCGACAUUCAUAUUUCUGAUCUUAAUAAUAUUGAAAAGAAAUAUGAAAUAAGACAAAAAGCUUCUUCGUUGCCCGAGCGACGAACAGCUUACCAACAAGGCAGUAAGAGACAAUCCCGCUUUGGCACUUUCAAGAAAUCUGUCAAACGUCAAAUAUCAGGAAGUAUUAGGAGCAUUGGAGCAUACGCGGGCAGAUUGGCCAAACCUGCAAAUGCUUAUAUUCGAUGGAAUUUACUAUUCACUUUCUUGAUUUUCUUAUUCAUCACAUCUGCCAUUUGGAUCCCUUGUAUCCCUGCCGUUAACGAUUUUGCCCUUGAAAUUGUGACGAUCAUCUCAAUAAUUCUCCACUGCCUUUGGAUUAUUGCAAUUAUCAAUGCACUAAGGUACACAUGGCGAUUGAGAAGAUUUGCAUCUCAUGAAAUUAGACUCGACCUGGUCAAGAAUGAAGCAGGUCUAAAAAUGAAGCAUUUAGUUGGGCUUUGUGUCUAUAAAGAACCAUUAGAUUUGCUUAUGGAUACAAUCGAGAGUAUAGCUUCUCAACCAAAUGCGAAGGAAAAGAUCACUUGUCUUGUUGGAAUGGAAGGAGGAACUCCGGACAAAGAAGAGAAAAAGCGCAUUCUGGACAACAAAUAUGGGCCAAAGUUCGAGCGGUUCAUUGUCACAUUCCACCCACGUGGACUGCCGGGAGACAUUCCAGGCAAAUGUUCGAAUUUCAACUACGCGGCUAGGACAGCGGUCAAAAUGUUGAGAGCCGACAAAAACUAUCCAUUAGAAGAGUAUGAUAACAAUGUCGAACUGAUUGUUACCACUGGAGACUGUGACAGUGUUUUCGGAGAUAGAUACUUUGAUGCUUUAGAAGAAGACUAUUGGAAAAUUUCUGCAAAGCAAAGAUCCUAUACUGUCUGGCAAUCUCCAUUGUUUUAUUGCAUCAACUUAGACCAAUCGCCAUUUUUCGUCAGAAUAACUGGUCUUCUGCGAGCAUUUUUCAUGAUGGGAUACCUUAUUCCAUGGAAUAUCAACACCAUGAGCAUUUUCUCACUCACAUUGAAGCUUUUCGAGGAGGGAGAAUACACUCACCCAGGAUAUCAAAUGGACGAUAUCAUUGCUCUCAUUAGAUGGUCAUUGGCUGUGAGAAGAAAAUGUGUGAUCAGAGCGAUCCCUGUUGCCACCUUGUCUGGACCCACCAGCGGAAAGAACUAUAUCGACGAAUGGUACGAGUGGGCACGACAGAUCAGACGCUGGACCAUUGGAGCUGCUGAAGUCUUCCAUUAUUUUGCCAUCAAAUUUUUCCGUCUUCCGGUUACAGUUUCUAUUUCAUUCGCCGCAAAAUUUGUGUUUUACUAUGGGUUUCUUCUUUGUAUUGCUUCAAUUUACACUUUAAUCGCGCCUAUUGUGACCCCUGCUAUGCUAAAUGCAGUCGACCAUGGCGUUAACGGGCUUGUCAUUCCAAACAACAAAUGUUUCAUGAUCAUCAUGUUCGGCUUCCUGGGUCUCCAGUACAUCUGGUUCUUUACGGUUUUCCUGGUUAACUACCUUUGCCAACCGGUGUUCCCCAGACAAACUAAGGACAAAACGGGAAUCAUCCGCAACAUUUUCCACUGGCUGAUGACCUGGCCCACCCUGAUUAUGUACUGUUGUGUCGAAUUAGUCGCAUUUCUAGAGGUUACGGUUCGCGGUAAAUCUGUCUGUUCGCAUAAUGCUUCGAAGAAAGACAAUCUCGUUGCGCCAGUACCCAGCAAACAACCUGACCGAAUGGAAGUGUGAAUUGAUGCAAUCAACAAAAUUUAUGAAUCAAUGCGAAUUUGUAUUUCCGAUUUCUCAAGAAUUUUAUUGUGUACCAUAAAGUAGCGGGUUUUAGUUACACUAGUCAAUUUUUACAUCAAAUUAUGAAUUCUCUCAUGCAUUUCCAAUUUCAUUUUCAUAUAAUAAAGCAUUUUGUCUGUA